GGCCCACAACCCAAGCACGUGCCCUGGCUGGGAAUCGAACUGGCAAAUUUUUGGUUUGCAGUCCGGCACUCAAUCCACUGGGCCACAUCAGCCAGGGCCACCCAAUCAAUUUUAGAACACUUUCGUCAUCCCCAAAGAAGCCCCUUACCCAUUAAGCAGCUAUUUCCUGUUCUGUACCCCCUACCCCCCCCAUCCCUGGGGACCGCAAAUCUAUUUUCUGUCUCUGUGGAGUUGCCUAUUCAUAUAAAUGGAAUCAUUCAAUACGAGUCCUGGCUUCUUUAACCCAGCGGUAACACUGCAUGGAUGGACCCUAUUUUAUUUAUUUAUUUUUAGAGAGAGGAGGUGGGAGGGAGAAAGAGAGGGAGAGAAACAUCAAUGUGUAGUUGCAUCUCAUGUGCCUCCUACUGGGGACCUGGCCUGCAACCCAGACAUGUGCCCUGCCUGGGAAUCGAACCAGCGACCCUUUGGUUCGCAGGCCAGCGCUCAAUCCACUGAGCCACACCAGCCAGGGCGGAUGGACUCCAUUUUACCCAUCCACUUAGGCACUGAUAGAUAUGUAUGAUUUUCCCACUUUUUGGCUGCUGUGAACAUUCAUGUGCAAGUUGUGGUGUGGGCCUACAUCUUUCUAAUGCUUUUUGGUUUUGCAUUCAUUUCCAUUUUUAAAUAUGUUGUAUAAAAAUAUAUUAUUUUUCUUGAUUACUCAGUUUUUUCGUGCCCCCUUAAAAUUCGCAGUCAAACGCCUGACUGGCUUUACCCUAUUCCUAUUCUGAAAGUCUCAUCCCUUGCUAGCUGUGCGCCUUUGGACAAAUUACUCACCCUCUCAGAGCCUCGAGCCUCUGUUUCCUCCUCUGUAGAAUGGGGAUAAUUCCUGUACCUACUCACGGCUGACAGGGGACACAAUGAUGCGUGUUUCAGACCUGUCACUGUCUCUGGUACACAGUUGACUGAAGUCGGCUUUUCCCAUGGGGAGCCUGGUGUCAGGGGUGUCAGGCCUGAGGGGGUGGGUCCCAAAAUGGAUGUGACCUUUCCCUGCCCUUGAGGAGAGAUGGCCCCCCUGCCUAAAACUCCCUGCCGCUUCUAUGUCCAAGGGAAACCUGCUGUUUUUCUCUCCUGCCUCAGCCCGACCUCCCUGCAGCAAGGUCCUUGGGGGUGGGACCGGCUGCUCCCCCCGAAGGCCCCCUUAGCUCCCGGCACCUUCCAUCCCAGCUGCCCCGGGGGCCCCCCACCGCCGCCUCCCCCACCCUGCGCUCUGCCCACUCCCGUGGAAGGCCGUGGCUCGCUGUCCCUGUGCUGCCAUGAGGCCUGCACUUUUCAGGGCUGAAGUCCAAAGUUCAGUCCCUUCGCUAAGCACACGGAUAAAUAUGAACCUUGGAGAAUUUCCCCAGCUCCAAUGUAAACAGAGCGGGCAGGGGCCCUGAUUCACUGGCCGCUGGGGCCAGGGUAGGGGGUUGGGGGUACCCACAGGACUUGGCUAGUGGGGUUUGGGGGGGCGUGGGUGCAAGGAGCCUGCUUUGUGCCUGCUUGCUGGCCGGCUAGCGAGCAGACAGUCCACGAGGUGGGGGAGGUGGCCUGCUCGGUGGCCCCGGGCCUCGUGGCCCAGUGGUAGUGGAGCCAUGGUUUCCAAACUGAGCCAGCUGCAGACGGAGCUCCUGGUGGCCCUGCUCGAGUCGGGCCUGAGCAAAGAGGCACUGAUCCAGGCUUUGGGCGAGCCAGGGCCCUACCUGCUGGCCGGAGAUGGCUCCCUGGACAAGGGGGAGUCCUGCGGCGGUCGAGGGGAGCUGGCCGAGCUGCCCAAUGGGCUGGGGGAGACGAGGGCCUCCGAGGACGAGACGGACGACGAUGGGGAAGACUUCACGCCGCCCAUCCUCAAAGAGCUGGAGAACCUCAGCCCCGAGGAGGCGGCCCAUCAGAAAGCCGUGGUGGAGAGCCUGCUGCAGGAGGACCCGUGGCGUGUGGCCAAGAUGGUCAAGUCCUACCUGCAGCAGCACAACAUCCCACAGCGAGAGGUGGUCGACACCACUGGCCUCAACCAGUCACACCUGUCCCAGCACCUCAACAAGGGCACCCCCAUGAAGACGCAGAAACGAGCCGCCCUGUACACCUGGUAUGUCCGCAAGCAGCGAGAGGUGGCCCAGCAGUUCACCCACGCCGGGCAGGGUGGGCUGAUGGAGGAGCCCAUGGGAGAUGAGCUGCCGACCAAGAAGGGACGGAGGAACCGUUUCAAAUGGGGCCCGGCGUCCCAGCAGAUCCUGUUCCAGGCCUACGAGAGGCAGAAGAACCCCAGCAAGGAGGAGCGAGAGGCACUGGUGGAGGAGUGCAACAGGGCCGAGUGCAUCCAGAGGGGGGUGUCGCCGUCGCAGGCACAGGGGCUGGGCUCCAACCUUGUCACAGAGGUGCGUGUCUACAACUGGUUUGCCAACCGGCGAAAGGAAGAAGCCUUUCGGCACAAGCUGGCCAUGGACACUUACAGCGGCCCGCCAUCGGGGCCAGGCCCGGGCCCUGCGCUGCCCGCCCACAGCUCCCCCGGCCUGCCCCCAUCAGCCCUCUCCCCCGGUAAGGUCCACGGUGUGCGCUACGGACAGCCUGCUACCAGUGAGGGGGCGGAAGUGCCCUCCAGCAGUGGCGGGUCCUUGGUGACAGUAUCGGCACCCUUGCACCAAGUGUCCCCCACGGGCCUGGAGCCCAGCCACAGCCUGCUGAACACUGAAGCCAAGCUGGUCUCAGCAACAGGGGGUCCCCUGCCUCCCGUCAGCACCCUGACAGCACUGCACAGCUUGGACCAGACGUCCCCAGGCCUCAACCAGCAGCCCCAGAACCUCAUCAUGGCCUCCCUUCCCGGGGUCAUGGCCAUCGGGCCUGGUGAGCCCGCCUCCCUGGGCUCCACAUUCACCAACACAGGCACCUCCACCCUGGUCAUUGGCCUGGCCUCCACGCAGGCACAGAGCGUGCCGGUCAUCAACAGCAUGGGCAGCAGCCUGACAACACUGCAGCCUGUCCAGUUCUCCCAGCCGCUGCACCCAUCCUACCAGCAGCCACUCAUGUCCCCUGUGCAGAGCCACAUGGCCCAGAACCCCUUCAUGGCCACCAUGGCCCAGCUGCAGAGCCCCCACGCCCUUUACAGCCACAAGCCAGAGGUGGCCCAGUACACCCACACGGGCCUGCUGCCGCAGACCAUGCUCAUCACCGACACCGGCAACCUCAGCGCCCUGGCCAGCCUCACACCCACCAAGCAGGUCUUCGCCUCAGACACCGAGGCCUCCAGCGAGUCUGGGCUUCACACGCCAGCAUCUCAGGCCGCCACCAUCCACAUCCCCAGCCAGGACUCGGCUGGUAUCCAGCAGCUGCAGCCUUCCCAUAGGCUCAGCGCCAGCCCCACAGUGUCCUCCAGCAGCCUAGUGUUGUACCAGAGCUCCGAAUCCACCAAUGGCCACAGCCACCUGCUGCCGUCCAACCACAGUGUCAUCGAGACCUUCAUCUCCACGCAGAUGGCCUCUUCUUCCCAGUAACCACAGCAACCACCUCCCAGGGGCUGGCACCUGGAGAGUGCACGGUCUGCUGGGGUUGGGGGCGGGGUGGCCAGAACAUCUGAGCCCACACGUUUGCUCCCACAGAGCUGCUGCCCUUCCCUGGAAAACCGUGCCUCGGUCGCCAUGCAUCCCUGCCAACGCCACAGAGGGAGGGUCCCGAGGUGCCCCAACCUGAGCAGGGCUGCUUCAGUGCACGAGGGGGCCUGUGGGAAGCUGGAAGCCAAGCCUGAUCCUGGCAGGGCACGGGAGGGGCUGUUCCUGCUGCUCUGGGUAAACCUUGUCCCUCAGAACAGAGCAGGACAGGCUUGGGACUCUGGUGCACCCAGCCCAGGCCUGCGCAGAGCCCCAGCACUGCAAAGGGAACUCUGCCAGCCACUCUUCUCAGAACACAAGCCCGUGUAGCUGUGACUCACUGAGCUCUGAGAGCGGCCCCUCCCUGUCACCUAUGCCCUGUCCAGGCCACUCCAUCCUGUUCCCCUUCCUGCUACUAACCCUCAUGCCCACUGGAACCCUCCCCCCAUGCCCAUAACUGAGGGGGUACCCGCCGGAGGGCCUGCGGCUCAGAUGCUGAUGGCACAGGCACAAGGGCUCUCCAGCCUCCCUCAGCUGGGGCCAUCCUUCCCCUGGACCUCAUGACCUCCAGUUUUCUGGGAUGUUCAUUCCUGCGUUCCCGAGCAUCAUGCCUUCUGACGCCAGCCUGGCUUCUUGCCUCUGUUGAGAAGCGCCCUCAAGGCUAGGAAGUCAGUUGUUCCUGCUCCUGUGGGAGCCUCUCGACUCCGUACCUGGUGCUAAGUCCUGGGGCGGCAGACCCCUCUGGGGCCCUGCAAACCCUCUGCUGGUCAGGGGAGAAGCUGCUGAGCUCAGAAGGCAGCAAGGCCUGAGCAGCUGGCAGAACGGAGAUGCCCAAAGAAGAGAGGUGACACCAGCAGAGAGGAGCCACCUGUGUAGACCAGACUGAUGCCUGGAAGCGUGGGGGCCUGGACGGCUGAAGGAUGGGGAGAGGUCCAGGCACAUGCAGCCCCAAGGGCUCCGAGGCUGCAGCUGUAGCCUGGCCCUCGGAGGAGACCACCUCCAUCUCGGGGCUGAGGAAGCGCUACAGCCCCUGCAGUUUGCAGCCAGCUAAGGGCAAACCUGUGCAUUAUUUAACUUUUAGUAAAGUAAAUGAGGAACAUAUUGGAAAUCUCUUGCUUGUCCACACGUCGCCCAGAUGGGUUGGGCAGGCAGAGCGAGGCGGAAGCGGGCCAGAGGCCAGAGGAGAGACAGGUGCAGCACACACACUCCGCACCCCGCCUUUCUUGCUCUGCUGAAUCUCCAAGGCAAGGCAACAAAGCCAGAACUUUACCUUCACCUUGGCCUUCUGCUCCUUGCAGGACAGCCCUGGUGCACAAAACCCAGCCCACAAGUGCUGUGACACUUUCUUAAAUCUUAAAGCUGGGGUGCAGAAACCCACCUUAGGGUGUAGGCAGGAGGACCCACCUGUGGGAUGCUUAUU